AUGAAGUUCAUCUCUGCCCUCUUUUUCGCCGCUGCCGCCAUCGCCCCUGUCACUGCUGACACUGGAAAGGAAGAACCUGCUGCCUCUAUCAUUGAUCUUGCUGCUGCCGAUGGAAAGUACGGAACUCUUCUCAGUGCCGUCACCAACACUC